UAAAACAUUUUUAAUAUAAGGAAUUGCUAAAAAAAAUCAUAUCUUAUCUUAUUUAUUUAUUUUCAUUUAGCAUUGUGGUUCGUUUCGAUUAAAUGAUUUGGAGGAAUUUGUAAAGAAAAGAAAAGAAAAAAAAGAAAUAUGAAGUGUAUUUGAGUUGCCUGAAAAGAAAAAAUAAAUAAUUGGGAGAUAUUUAGAUUCAUAACUAUUCCUUCAGAUUCAUCAUGUGUGUUAAAAAAAAAAAAAAAAUUCCAUCAUAUUUUAUCCUUAAAAAAAAAAAAAUGAUAAUAAUUAAGUAAUAUUUUUAUAAUCUCAAAACUAGUCUAAACAAUUAAAAAGAAAAAAAAAAAUUAUCUUCUAAAACGAUAUAAUAGUAAUUUAGGUGUUAUUAUUUUUUAUUUUUCUCUUCCCUAGCACCAAUACUAUCCAUUUUCUUUAUUUUCUGUGCCGGAGGGUUUUAGAGGUUUUGGGGUUACAGAAUUUUCGAAACCUCACUCAAUUCCUCUCCUGUUUUUUGCUUUACGGUAUCAAACACUUUACCCCACAAACUCUUAAUCACAUUAUGUGGUCACUCCGACGAGCUGCCCAACCCCUCAGAAGUCUAAUGUAUGAACACGGGGCUUCCAGAACUUUCAGUGCUAAAUCAGAUAUCAAAACAAAUAUUGUAGUAGAGAGUGCCAGUAUUCGCAAGCCGAAAAGAUCAUCGAGUGGAAGAUACUUUCCACCUAAGUUCUAUUACCUUCCAGAUGUAGGUGAAAAUUUCUAUAUGGGGAGUCAUAAUUUUUGUUCACAGGCACAUGCAAGAAUUAGUGAUGAGAAUCAUACAAUGGAAGAUGGUUCAGAGCCCGAAGCAUCGGCUAUAGUUGAGCACAAUGUGGGGGAAAAAGAUGGGGAAGACGUAGUUUCUGAGGCAGAGCUAUCGGAUAAUGAUUUAGCUGAAAUUUAUGCAAAUGAUCUGGACCUUUCAGCUGCUGAGAUGAGAGCAAACGGCAAGAAUUCUCAGAAGGAAAGUGCUUCGUCGGGGUUGUUGGACGCUAUUGUUUCUGCACCAGGCCAAUCUAUUAAUAUUGCUCUUCAGAAGCGGAUAGAGAAAGGAAAUAGUUUGGGUCGACCAGAGAUUUCUUUUGCUAUGCGUGAUCUUCGGAAGCGUAAGAUGUAUAGCAGAGCCUUGCAGUUCAUGCAGUGGCUCGAGGCAAAUAAACAGGUUGAAUUCACUGAACAAGAUUACGUUACUUCUGUUGAUUUGGUUGCCAAAGUAAGCGGCAUCCAAAAGGCUGAGAAGUAUAUUAAUAAUAUUCCAGAGCACUUCAGGGGUGAAGUAAUAUAUAGAACCCUGUUAGCGAACUGUGUCAAGCCUCUCAACAUGGAGAAAGCAGAGGAGCUGUUCAACAAAAUGGUGGAGCUGGAGUUGCCAAUUUCUGUUUUUACUUGCAAUCAGAUGCUCCUUCUCUACAAGAGGCUUGACAAGAUGAAAAUACCCUAUAUCUUAAGAGUCAUGGAAAAAGAAGAUAUAAAACCCUCUCUAAUUACUUACGCAAUCUUAAUAGACGCAAAAGGUGAGGCCAAUGACUUUGCAGGGAUCGAGGAGUUGAUCAAAAUCAUGAAGGCUGAAGCCAUUGAACCUGACAUCCAUAUCCGAACUACCUUAGCUCGGCAUUAUAUAAUUGGAGGGCUCAAAGAUAAAGCUGAAGCUGUCUUGAAGGACAUAGGAGAAUCAUGCCUGCAUAGCCACCACAAAGUACUUCCUCUCUAUGCUUCUCUUGGCAAUGCCGAUGAGGUGAUGAGAAUUUGGAAGGUUUGCGAAUCGGAUCCCAAGAUUGAUGAGUGCACAGCUGCCAUUGAAGCUUGGGGCAAGUUGGGCAGGAUAGAGGAGGCAGAGGCAGUUUUUGAGAAGAUGAUUCAGAAAUGGAAAAAGCUGUUAUACAGGCCUUCCUCUGCACUUCUGAACGUUUAUGCCAACCACAAGCUAGUGACUAAGGGUACUGAAUUUUUGGAACGGAUGGGAGAUGGUGGCUGCUGGAUUGGCCCACUCACUUGGGAUGCAAUUGUGAGGCUCUAUGUGGAAGCUGGGGAAGUAGAGAAAGCCGACUACCUUUUGCAGAAGGCAGUUCGGAACACCCGCAAGAACCCAAUGUUUAACACGUAUAUGGUAAUCAUGGAUCAGUAUGCAAAACGGGGCGAUGUGCAUAAUGCCGAGAAGUUGCUCCUCAGAAUGAGGCAGUCUAGAUACACCGGACGUCUCAAGCCAUACGAGGUUCUUUUCCAGGCUUAUGUAAACGCAAAAGCUCCAGUGUAUGGGUUCCUUGAGAGGAUGAAAGCAGAUAAUGUGUUCCCCAACAGGGCAUUUGGUGCAAAACUGAGACAAGCAGAUGCUUUUAGACAGACAGCAUUUCAAGACGUGCUUGACUGAGGUACAGUAUAAGUUUCAACUAAUUCUCACUUUAUGUUAUUUGUUUGAUAUAUGUAAACAAAUUAAGUCUCAAAAAUCCAAUUUCUCCAUCCUCUAUCUCCUGGUGUGUGUGUGUGUGUGUGUGUUUUGUGCAUGGUUUUCCAAUUUCUGUAAAUGACUCGCUAGGAAAAGAGAAAAAUGAAAAUGGUAGUUGGGCCUAUCUUUCUUGUUGAUCUGUUUUUCUAGUUCUGUACCUUGAAGGAUUGGCAUGCCUGGCCGAUGUGUCGGGCCAUGGGCCUAAGGGAAAAGUCCAGGCCCUUACACCAAGCUGGUGGGCCAGUCCAGACUAGAUCUAUGUGGUACAGAAACUCCUAUUUCAGUACUUUUGUGAAUGAAAUCAAAUUCUUCUCUUUUGCUACCAUUGAAAAAAUUGAGCUUGGUGAACACAUAUUAUGUGCAUAUUUUUAAAGUGGAUAACAUCCUUUAUUUUUAUUUUUGUUAGAGAAUUUUUGUGACGUCCCUAAUACAGCAACUUUACAUUUUGAAUGCAAAACUUUAGAUUGACAAUGCAAUAACUCCGUAAAUGUAUUAAAUUCUCGAGUUAAUGGUUUUAUAUUACAUGUUGCAUUGAUGUUGUAUCUUGGAGGGGACAUGGGUUCUUUACGUGAUCUUAAUAUUUGAAUUAUUGACAUGUUUGCUGGGUGAUUUACCAAAAAUGAUACUCCUAUAUGUUUUGCUGGUCGACAUCUCUGUUUCUCUCCAUUUAAGUCGAUCAGAAGCUUUGAUUUACAGAUCUGAGGUAGGUUUAUCCCAAGAAAAAAAAGAAAAAGAUAAAGGAAAAACACUAUAUAUCCAAGCUGUUCAAAAGAAAAUUUCAUUGCCAUCAAAUUUGCCACCGGUAAGAAUCUAUGCAUUUUCUCAACUAAAUUACCUAUAUGUGGCAGAUUUUUUGCUAAUUAGGGUUUGAUUAAGAGGGCAAGUUACAUUUAGUAUACAUUAUACAAACAGGAGGUUUUAUUUAUUAUUUUAUUUUAUUUAUUUGUUAAUUUGUUAUGUGUUCACAAAUUAUUUUUCUUCGCUAUUCUUCAAGAAUUUUUGCAUGAAAUAAUUUGUGAAAGACAGAAAGUUCUGAAUAUACAUGUGUUGUUGGUUUUGCAUAAUCAUCUUCUCCGGAUGAUCAUGUUGAGAAGAGAAAAAAACAGAGGGUCUUAACAUCUCUGUAGAGAGAGAGAGAGAGUUGAAAUUUUUGUACAGGAGGGAUGUCAAAAAAGUAACGACCCGUGGGUAGGUGUCAUUUAUGAAGAAAAAAAAAAAAAAAACUUUAAGUUAUUUGAUAGUGCUCAAAACUAACCAUUUACGUACAUUUAAACUCUCAUCCAAAUAUGAUGUGGGACAAGUUCCUUUUGUAACAUUCUUGCCCACCCGAACCAGUGCAAUGCUCUCGUUGCAGUCGGGUCACCCUGCCUACCCAGAGUCUAAACCCGGAUGUUUUCCGGACACUGAAUUGAGUUUGACUAUGAUACCAAUUAUAACGGGUAGACGCUUGUCUAUUUAUUCAAAACCUUAAGUUAUUGGGUAGUACUAUAUACCCAUUCAUUUAUACACACUUCAACUCCCAUCCAAAUUAGAUAUGGACAAACCCCACUUGCAAUAAUAGGGGACUACCUAAUAAUUUCUCCCAUAUUGAUACUUUCUAUAAGGAGUUCACAACAAGUGCAUGAGCUUCACAUUCGAAUAAUUUUUCUAAGUUUUGUGAAAUUUAAUGCUUUGUAUAUUCGAAUUCUUAUGUUCAAUGUCACUGCCACGUCAUUUUGAGCUGUGUGUGAUCAAUGUUGGGGUUGAAAUUGCA